GCGUGGCUGCAGGACGCGCUGCAGUGCCCGGACAUCGCCGAGCCCAACGCCGUGUGCCUGGCCACCUGCGGCAGGGACGGGCGGCCCUCGGCCCGCAUGGUGCUGCUGAAGGGGCUGGGCCCGGACGGGCUGCGCUUCUUCACCAACUACGAGAGCAGGAAGGGCCGCGAGCUGGACUCCAAUCCCUUCGCCUCCCUCGUCUUCUACUGGGAGCCGCUCUGCCGGCAGGUGCGGGUGGAGGGCUCGGUGCGGCGGCUGCCGGAGGAGGAAUCCGAUCGCUAUUUCCAGUCCCGGCCCAGGGACAGCCAGAUCGGGGCCGUGGUCAGCAGGCAGAGCUCCGUCAUCCCCGACCGCGAGUACCUGCGCAAGAAGAACGUGGAGCUGGAGGAGCUCUACAGGGACAAGCCGGUGCCCAGGCCAGACUACUGGGGCGCCUACCUGGUGGAGCCGGAGGUGGUGGAGUUCUGGCAGGGCCAAUCGAACCGGCUGCACGACCGGAUCGUGUUCCGGCGGCUGCGGGACCGCGCGGCGCCGCUCGGGGCCAUGACCCACCGCGGCCACGGCGACUGGGUCUACGAGCGCCUCUCGCCCUGAGACCGAG